AUUCAGUCAAACAAUUUUCUUGUUUAGCUUCUAUUUAUUUAUUUUUACUUUUUUUUAUUUUUUGUUAAAGUACGUCAAAAUAACAAUUAUGGCAUUCGGCAAAGCGGUGUUGCUGUGCUUCCUUGUGCUUGGCGUCAGUUUGACAAGUGCGACGCCCAGACAUCAUCGAGGUAAGGGAUUGAGAAAUUUGAAACCUGUGAGAUUGGAAGAUGUGAUCCCAAAUAAAUUUGGACAACGAGGAUUUAAUGGAACGUGGGUGGCAAAUGAUGCCUUUACUUAUUAUGAUGUCGAUCGGAAUUUGAUGAAAAUGGAUUUGGUUUCGAAUCAACAUGAGAGAUUGUUGGGAUUUGAUGUUUUGAAACAAUGGAACGCCACAAGCACCAAAAUGAACAAACAACAAACCCGUCUCUUACUCCGUUACGCCGAUCGUCCAGUGUUUCGUCACAGCAUUCUUGCCAAAUAUGUCGUUUACGACCUCGAACAACGCCUUGCCAUUGACGUUGCCGGUCAAAACGAGCUUUGGGAAUGUACUUGGUCCCCAACGGGCGAUGCCAUUGCCUACGUCAAGCAAGACAACAACGUUUAUUACUACAGCUUAACGACCAAACAAGAAAUGCAAGUCACAACUGACGGCUUGGUUGUCGAUAAUUCCGGCAUAAUUUACAACGGCAUCUCCGACUGGGUGUACGAAGAGGAAGUUUUCUCCACGAAAAAUGGCAUGUGGUUCUCGCCGAACGGAAAAUAUCUCGCAAUGGUGCAUCUCGAUGACACGCACGUGCAUAACUUCACGUACAACAUUUACGGCGCUCCGGGCACGAUCGAGAGUCAAUAUCCGGCGGAAAUUACGUUGCGUUAUCCGAAAAGUGGAACUCCGAAUCCGACAGUUGAGUUGCGGGUCAUCGAUUUAGAGCAAUUUACGGCUUUUGUGACAUACAAAGCGCCUCCUGCUUUGGGCUCCGAACCAAUUUUGGGAAGUGUUUCGUGGAUCAACGACAAAGUUUUCGCUCCAAUGUGGCUGAAUCGUCGUCAAAAUCAUGCUUUGUUCGUGUCGUGCGACGCUUCCAAGGCACGAGCUGAUUGCUUGACGUUACACGAGAAAUCCGAGCCCAAUGGAUGGGUUGAUGUCACGUCGCUCGAUUGUCACACAAUUGAAACCAAAGAAAUUUGCUUCUUCAAGGAAAACCAAAAUGGAUGGACUCGUUUGAUGGAACUGAAUUACGUAUCGAAAGAAAUCCGCGCUUUGUCUCCAACACUAACAACUGUCCUCCAAAUCAAGGGAUAUCACAAAGAAACGAACGAAGUAUAUUUCGUGGCAACGGGCAUCGCAAUCGACGAAAUCACGAAUCCAGCAUUGCAACAUUUGUACGUUUAUGACCGGAAAUCGUCGCAAGUCAAAUGCGUUUCUUGCGAAAUUUUGAGUCCCGAAGGCGAUAAAUGCUCCUUUGUCUCCAGUGUGACCUUCAGCAACGAUUUCAACUUUUUCGCCGUGACUUGUGGCGGUCCGGGUCCCGCUUACGUUCGAAUUAUGCGAAAUGGCGCCGUUUUGCGAGCCCUUGACUUGUGGGAGGGAAAUUGGGGUGUGCGUCAACUUUUAGGAGAAUAUCAAAAAACGCGCGUAAUGUACUUACGUGUGCCCGUGGGACCCAAAAAAGAACAUUCCGCCAUCGUGAAGCUCCAACUCCCGAGUUGCUUUGAACAAGGCGCGAAACGUAAAUAUCCGAUGAUUGUUGAUGUGUACGGUGGUCCAGGAUCUGUUCGAAUUCAGGAUUCGUUCAGCAUGGGAUUCGGCGAUUACAUGGCGCAGAGCAAAAAUGUCAUUUAUGCGAAAAUUGAUGGUCGAGGCAGUGGCAACAAAGGCACUGAAAUGCUUUUUACCGUCAAUAACGCGCUCGGAAGUGUCGAAAUUGAAGAUCAAAUUGAAGUUACGAAAGCUUUGGUGGCAGAACUUGGAUUUAUUGAUGCGGAUCGUGUGGGAAUUUGGGGUUGGAGUUACGGGGGUUAUGCAACUGGCAUGACUUUAGUUAUGGAUAAGGAAAAAGUCUUCCAAGGAGGCAUUUCUGUGGCGCCGGUGUCGUCUUGGAUCUAUUACGAUACGAUUUAUACGGAAAGAUUCAUGGGAACGCCCGAAGAAAAUCCAGUUGGAUAUGAAAAAGGAGAUUUGACGCAACGAGCAAAGGAUAUGAAGGGACAUGAGUAUCUCUUGAUCCAUGGAAAUGCUGAUGAUAAUGUGCAUUAUCAACAAGCAAUGGUGUGGGCACGUGCUCUUGAACUUGAAGAUGUGCUUUUCGAACAACAGAGUUAUCCUGACGAAGCCCACGGUCUAAACGGAGUUUCAAAACAUUUAUACCACACGAUGGAUGAAUUCUGGCACCGAAUCCUUAAACUAACCAAAGCUGACGAGACAUGCGAACAAGCAAAAAGCUACUGGAAAUGGUUCUAAACCGCAAAAAGACUGUUAACAAAACUUCUUUUUAAUAAAACAAAAAAAAAUA